AAAAAAAAAAAAAUAGAAUAUAAAUAUAAACAUUUUAUUUUAACGAACACUCUUCUUUCCGAAAAAAACCAACAAUUAAAUAUUAUACUUAUAUAUAUACAAUAUAUAUAUAUAAUUACUCUCCUUCCUUCCUUAUUAUACAAUCCGUUUUAAAAAAAUGUUUGCGAGAGAUGCUAUAUUUCCUAAUCAAAGACAUGAACCCUGGUGGUUUCGUUUAUUACGAAGGACAUCAGCUAUAAUACUUGUUCUUGCAGUAAUAGCAUAUGGUUAUGUUCAAUUAUUAAACUUAGUAAGCUUUGUUAAAUCCCCAAAUAUUGUUACUUUAGAAUCUAAAAAAGGUGGAGGUUUUCCUGGUUUCGUAAUAUGUCCUGGUUCAUUAAGUCCUGCUUUCAUAAAUAAAUUAAAUAGUACGGAAAUACCACAAGCGGAACCACAAUUUUCAAUAACAUGCGGGAAAUCCAAAAAGGUGGGACCCGAAAUAUUAUCAGAAAACAUGAAUUAUACGGAUUCAAAGUGCAGUUCUUCAAUUUUAUCAGAAGAAAAUGGUUGUUUAAGAAUCCCUGCUGAAAAUAUAGCAGUAUAUGAAGAAGAUAGUAAUUUUAGUUAUGAUAAUGCUAAUUAUAAUGGUAAUAAUGAAGAUAUUGAAGAUAAUGAAGAUAAUAUAGAUAAUGCAAAUAUUGAUGAUUCAUUUCAAGAUCCAAAAGUUUCAUCAAAUGGAUUAAAUAGAACAUUUAUAUUUUAUAAUAUUAAACCAAAUAUUCCUCCAAUUGAAGAGGAUACUUUAUCAUCCAUUGAUUUACCAAAUUUUUAUACUGUAUAUUUUGAUGAUCUUCAAACUGUUGAACAUGGACGUUUUACUAUUGGUUCUCCUGAUACUAAAUUCGUUGAAUAUAAUAGUGUUCCAAUAAUUAAAGGUCAACGAAAUAUAUUGGAGUAUUCAAUUUUAAUUCAUAGAGUUUUUAGUACUAAUUUAAUGGGUCAAUUAGAUAUUCGUCCAGAUGUAUUUUCAAUGGAAUUUAAAGUUGAUACUCGUUUAAUACCAUUAAAAAGACAAUCAUCAGAUGAGACUCAACUUGUAAUAGUACCAAAAAAUCCUCAUUAUUUUCGUACAGAAAUUGAAAAGUAUGAAUAUCAAACCAUAUCUCUUGUUUCUAAUUUGGGUGGUUUUUACGGUUUUAUUGUAACCGUUUAUAUAGCAUUAUUUGGUAUGUCAAAAGUUGAACCUUGGGGUAUACUUCAAAAAAUUAUAUUUAGAUGUUGGAAUUGUCGUAGAAGUUUUAAACAACAUUUAGCUGAUAAAUAUGUUUCUUCUGCUGGUAUCCCAUUUGGUGAAAAUGUUAGUGAUCGUCCUGAAGGAACAAGUUUGGAAGAUCGUUUACAAAUCUUAGAAUAUUUAUUAAAAGAUUAUUACCUUGAUACUUAUUAUUUAGAUAAAUUAAAAUUAACAAAAAUGUUAUAUCAUAAAAAAGCAGGCCGUUACUCUGAAUUAGAAACAUUAAUAGAUACAAGAAAUAAAGCGAUAGAAAAUAAGGAGAGAAUAGAUGGACAAGAUGAAGAGGAUUAUGCAAAGGAACGACAGCAUAAACGUACUGUUAAAAGAUGGAGUAAUUGGUCAAGAAAAUUUGGUUUUAGCAGUAAACCUCCUAAAAAUACUGAUGAUAAUUUAGGUAUGAAUUCAGUUGAUUCAGUUACUUCAUCGGUCCCUUCUCCGAAAAAAUCUCGUUGGAGUAAUUUGAGUAUUUUGAAUUAUUUGCCUGGCUUUGAAAUUAUUGAUACUAUUGAUGAAGAAAUUGGUAUACCUUCUACAAGUACGCAGAAUACAAGUACUACAAAUACUACUCCUACCACAAAUCCUUCUUCUAUAACAGACUUCACUUCCACUACAAUCACUAAACCCAGACCAUUUAGAUGUGUUGUCAAUGAAUCUCGCGAUUCCCAAGAUACUUUGGUUGAAAUUAAAGUCGAUAAAAGACAAGUUUACUUUUGAGGAUUUCAAGAGUAAUAUUCAUUAAUUGUUUAAUUAUGUAUUAUAUCUAUCUUAAUUUGCAUUAUAAAUAGAAAACACAUUCCUUUUGCUAUAUACAUCAAAAUCUUUCUCCUUAAAAAUAAUGUACAGUAGCAUUUAAUUUGCAUUUAGACAUUUUCAC